CAAGGCCUGGAAACCCCCUACUGGGGCCCUGACCUAUGAGUUUAGCAGCAAGGGCACAGGACAACCAGGGUCAACACCCAACUUCCUUCCCCUGAGGAGUCAGACCAGCUGGGAUUCACCACCAACUUGCUGUGUGACCUGGCCUCUUCAGGCUGAGCAAAGAGGGAACUUGCACCUGCCGAGCCCCUACUCUGCUCCAGGCCCCAGCUGCCCACGAGUGCAUGCACAGAAUCCCCACCACAGCCUGGACCGAUGUGUUUACUGAGCACUGACAAUGCUCCAAGCAUUGUGCAAAAUGUUUUACAUGCCGUACUUCAUUUACUCUUCUCAGUUACUAUCUGUGCUUCACAAGAUUAGCAAGAGGUUCUGUCUUGGGAAUGUGAAUGAAAGGUGUUGGAGACCACAGCCACCCUGGUGGGUACAGGGUUCAGUGGUCACAGGGCAGCUCCAGGGCUGAGGAACCAUGGGGAGAAAGGACAGAGGCCCAAAGAGCAGCAGCAGCAGCAGCAGCAGCAGCAGCAGCAGGGCCGCACCUGGGGCAGCUCCAGGGCUGAGGAACCAUGGGGAGAAAGGACAGAGGCCCAAAGAGCAGCAGCAGCAGCAGCAGCAGCAGCAGCAGCAGCAGCAGCAGCAGCAGCAGCAGCAGCAGCAGCAGCAGCAGCAGCAGAAGCAGCAGCAGCAGAAGCAGCAGCAGCAGCAGCAGCAGCAGGGCCGCGCCUGGGGAGCAGAGGAGAGCCCUGGUGCCUGGCUUUCCAAGUGCGGCUGUGGGGCCACAGCGCCUCCCACCCAGCGCUCUGGGAGAUCUGGUCUUGCAAUAACCUUUCUCCCCUGGAGCUACUGUGACAGGCUCGCCUUCCUUGCCUGGACCCCGGGGCUGUCCUGUUUGUCUCCCUGUGGAGGAGGUCACUUGGAUCUCCCUUCAAGAAGGAACAUGCUGUUUAGCUACAACGAGCGCAGUUGGCUGACAGCCUCUGUAAGUGCCUUGAGGAUCCGCCCAUCCUCCCAGAUAACCAGGCUGGGGAAGAGAUGGCCCAAGUCCAGCCGUUUGGCCUGUGCUGCAAGCAGUCAUUGUUCUGUCCCUCUGUAG